ACUAUGAUUGUUCAUAAAGGGAAGCUUCCCGUAACAGUGCAACCCUUAUUAUAUGAGUAGGAAGCCAUCAAAAAUGUCUUCCAGUGGCACUCUCAGUAACUGCUAUGUGGACGCUAUAAUGGGGCAGGAGCCGGAGGAUGUGUACGGUGCUCGCUUUAUUCAGGCUCCACACGCGAUGACCCCGAGGCCGUCAGGUGCUGGGGACAACGCAGACUUUUCCUCGUGUAAUUUUGCACCGAAAUCCGCUGUUUUCUCGCCGUCCUGGUCCUCAGUUCAUCCUCAGGGGAUUUAUCAUCCAUAUGUGCACCACCACCACCACCAGUCCCAUCUGCCUGCGUCGGACGGGAGAUACGUUAGCGUCCGACCGUGGAUGGACCCCAUUUCGAACCACGUUUCGUUCGCCGGAUUCCCCUCCAGCAGUCGGUCGUACGGGACAAAGCCAGAGGUCUUGCCAGCUAAAUCUUCAGAUUGUGACACGUUGGAAGCGGAGGCUCGGCCGCUCGCUGGCGAAUUCACGUGUGGAGUAUCGGAGUGUCCAGAAAAAACAACCAAAGAACACAGUGGAAGUGAGCUUUCGAGCCACAGCGAACCCAAAGAGGAAAAACAAAAACUUGACCCAAGUAACCCUGCAGCAAAUUGGAUUCACGCACGCUCGACGAGAAAGAAGCGAUGUCCCUACACAAAAUAUCAGACUUUAGAGCUAGAGAAGGAGUUCCUCUACAACAUGUAUUUGACAAGAGACCGGCGCUAUGAAGUCGCUCGCAUACUCAGUUUAACGGAGAGACAAGUGAAGAUCUGGUUCCAGAACAGGAGGAUGAAAAUGAAGAAGAUGAACAGAGAGAGGAACGGCAAGGAGCAGCUAUAAGUCCGGUGCUGGUGCCGUUUCACACAUUCUGACGUUUGUACCAAGGAAGCCAUGUGAACAAUUAUAAUGAUUUUUGAUAGGAGCCUCCUUAGCCAUUUUAUUUUUUUAAAUCUUAUU